CACACACACACACACACACACACACACACACACACACACACACACACACACACACACACACACACACACACACGCACACACACACACACACACACACACACACACACACACACACACACACGCACACACACACACACGCGGUGCGGAGCGGAGCGUCAGGAGGAGGAGGAACAGGAGCUGCUGAGGCACCAGACGCCCGCUGGAGCUGCCUGUCAGUCCAGACUUGGGGUUUAAAGCUGACAGCUGGAUUUUCUCCUGGUGGGAAAAGAAAUUCCUCGUUUGUCCUCAGGAGCAUCUGUUUUUCCGAGACUUGCUCCUCCAGCUGCUGUCAAGACCCGGCUUCGAUCGGCUCUUUUCUGGGUCACAAAAGGAGCAGUCACCCAGAACCGCCGGGCUGAUCCCUGAUCUCCUGAUCCCUGAGCAACGGGACAAAGGUUCACCUGGGAAGUUGAGUCACCUGCGUUCAUCUGCUGCCGAGUUUAAUUCUGGUUCCUCUGUGUUCUCAUCCUGCUUUCAUGCAUCAGAGGAUUCCAGGAGUUCCUGGUGCUUUUAGAGCAGAAGUUUGUGGAUUAGGAUGGACCUGAUCGGAAUCCAACUGGGGGAAAAAUCCUCCAGCUUCUCUGCUGGAUCCCAGCUACAUCCCAGCCAGGACCAGGAUUUCAGUUUUUUCCUCCUGAAGCCAAACAGAGGUUUCAUUUUUCCUCCUCUGUGUAAAAAUGAUGAUUUUUCCAGCCUGAUUCAGGAAUUUUAUUCUAAGUUCAGGAACUCUGGAUUUCCCUUUGGUGAGAAGAAAGUUUUUACACUUGUGAUUUUUCCCAGUUUUAGCAGGUAAAUAUGGACAGAAACACCGGGAACGCCGCCGAUCCGCUCGACUAAAACCAACAGCUGAUCUUCCAAACGCUGCGUUUUCCCUCGGAAACAACCGGCCUGCCUCUCCAUUAGAAACAUUCCUGCCUCCGAGGCGGCGGGGAGCUCAACUGUAAUCCUUUCACCGUUUGGAUAAGAGCGCCGGCGGACGGGAUCAGAGACCAAACCCUCCACCUGGUCCGGUCCAGACUCGCCAAAACGAUUCAGCCUGAACUAAAACACCAGAGACAAACAAACAAACAAACAAACAAACAAACAAACAACAGGCUGGAGACGAUCGGUGAUUAAUAAGCUGAUUUUUAAUAAUUUCUACAGUUUUUUUCUAACAGCUGAUGAAUGUAAAUAACCUCAUUAGAGACGGCGGUAGAGCGGAACCGGGCCCGCCGGGUCAGAAUCACACAGGAGGAGUUCCGGAUGCAGGACAAAAAAACAAAAACAAACUUUCAUGAAUAAAUAAAACAAUUAAAGACGGAUCAACAGAACCAGAGCUCCCCUGAACCCUGACCUCUGACCCCAGCAGAUCGGACGUCUGGGAGCCGUUUUUAGAUGUUUGACGAAGUUCUGCAGCUUUGCUCUGAUCUCAUCUGAACUUUAAAACACGUAGUUUCAUCAUUUCUGCACAUUUGCUGCGUUUCCCUUCAUGUUUACGGGGUUGGAGUCCCGAUGAGACGAGAACGUUUUUAGUAAACAUGAAUUCAGCGACGUUUUAAUCAUCUUUGAUGUUUGAAGUAAAAACCUGAGUCGGACUCCGUCUCUCUCUCAGUCGUUGCUCAAACGUCUCAGAAGGUCUGAUGAACGUGUGAAGGUGUGAGGAUGAGUUUUGGCUGGACUGCCUGACGGAGGACAUCUGGACAGGAACCACCAGAACACGGAACCAGAACCUUCAGGAACAUUUGAGGAGGAACAACGAUGAACGCUCCGACGCUCCGAGCCGGAAACAGCUCGCUCUCAGACUUCUGCUGCUGUUUGGGAUUUUCAGCAGAAACGGAUUUUUCAUGUUUCCAUAAAUCACCAGCAGACGUUCCGGUCCGCUGCAGCGCAUAACGGGAGACCGGGAGUGGACCCGGGAUGACCCGAACCCCAACCAUGAACCUUUUCUCUCAUGUGAAGCAUUAAAGGAUCCUUUAAACUCAUCUGAGAAGUUCACAACAUUCCAGGAUCCGGACCUCCGUCUGAACAUCUAGAGCCCGCUCUCGGCAAGAUUUGGGUUUUUGGUUCUGGACCGGUUGCAGCUCCACCAUGCUUUCUGGAGGACUUCCAUCGGGAGGAGGGGGUCGCGGCAGAGGCCUCUGCCUGCUCAGGUGGCUCGGCCUCAGGCUCUGGUCCCGGCGAGGGACCCUGGUCUUUGCCCUGCUCUGGUUCGGGUCCUGGUUGUUCCUGAACGGCCUGGUUCUGGUCCACAGGAGCAUCAUGUCUGACUACUGCACGGACGACAAGAGCAGGAGGAUCCUGCAGCGGCUGUGUCUGGACUUCGGUGACGGUUCUGUCUCCGGGGACAUGUGUGAGGACCUGUGUGUUCUGGGUCUGGUGGAGUACAAGCGCUGUCUUUACUACGAGAACGGGAAGAAGGUGGUGGAGGCUCGGUGGAGAGGAAACCCGGUCAUCCUCAAGUCCAAACUAGAGAACUUCUCCUCCUACGAGCCCCUGGGGAUCCUGGACUACCAGCAGGAUGCAGCAGAAGACCUGUCUCCUCUGGAUGUGGUCUUCUACGCCACCAUGGAGGUCCGAAACUCACUGGGACUUUCUGAAGAUGCUGAGGAUGAAGAAGGAGGAGCAAACAAUGGCUCUCUGUCCAAACUCUGGGGGAAGAAGCUGAAGAUCAGAGAGAAGAGUUACUCCAGAGCAGAGCUGGCCUCCCUCUGGUCUCUCCUCCAGCAGGAGGAGUACACCUUCCUCAGGGUUCUGCAGGACCUCAGCCCCCAUGUGGCCAAGGUUCUGGGUUCCUGUGGUCACUUUUAUGCUGUGGAGUACCUGACAGCAGGACACGCCUGGAAUCAGAACAUCUUCUCCCUAGAUGAAGUGGAUGUUCCUGGUCUUCAAGCUCAGGAUGGAGCCGGGGCCCGGGGGAGGUGGAGCACCAGGGAGAUGGUGCACCGGAUCGCUCUCAGCUUCCUAGACCUGGUCUGGCACUUCGACAAUGACUUCAACCACAAACUGCACCUCUGUGACAUCAAACCAGAGAACUUUGCAAUCAGGAAGGACCUGACGGUGGUGGCCAUCGAUGUGGACAUGGCUUUCUUUGAGCCCAAGAUGAGAGACAUCCUGGAGCAGAACUGCAGCAGCGAUGACGACUGUAACUUCUUUGACUGCUCGUCCAGGUGUGACCCGGUCCGACGCAGGUGCAGCCCGCGACGUCGGAACAGCAACCUGCAGGUCAUUUGUGAGAAGAUCUUCAGGCCAUGGUUUUCUCCCACGCUCCUUGGGGCCAAAGCGGGACUCCCUCUGCAGGUCGAGCUGCAGCGAGCCAUGCAGGACUGCUCAGAAACAGAUGGAGGUGUGGAUGAGGCCAAGGCUCAUGGAGGAGUAGGUCAAAGAGUACACCAACGUCUUCUCAACAUCCUGAACCACCUCCUCCAGGAGGAAGUGGCUUUUGGAGAAAGAGAAGGAAUCACUGAAGGGAAGAACCACAUCCAUAGUGCGUUGAACUUCUGAACAAGUGAAGAGAACCCAGCAGUGACCUUCAUGAAGCCUCCUGAGAAGCUUAACGAGGACUAAACUGGUCACAUGACUGAUGAUCCACGGUAAAGGACGGGCCAUGAAGAAACUUCUCCUCUGCUAGCUGAUGUGUGUUCUUUAGGUUUCCAUUCAAAUCUGUUAAGGAAAUCUGGGAGAUUUAAGGAACUUUCUGGAUCUUUUAAACAAAACAAAUCUUCUUCAGACUAGUGCUGACGGGGAACAGCAGCUCAUGUGGUCUUGCAGAAACAAUCCUAAUGUUGAGCUACAAAACCAAAGAACCAAACAUCCCCCUGGUGGCCUGUUGGUGAACCAUUGGAUCUCCUGGUUGUGUUAAUUAUUCAUUUGACUCCUCAGAGGAAUGUGGAUCCUUCCAGAUCUGAUCUUCUGAUCAAACUUUUUAACUUUGAGCCAGAACAGAGACCCCAUUCCUCUGCUGCAACGCCUAAGCCCCGCCCAGCAGAGGUAACCACGGCAACUGUAGAAGUGAUUGGCAGCAGCUGGACUUCUGGUCAUUGAUUUGUAGGUUAUUUGUGUCGUUACUAAGUUCUGGUGCUGGUCUCAGUCAGAUUUAAGGUCAUUCUUGCUUUUACAGGAAAAAAAAACUUUUCUGGCUCUAAAAAGCUGCAAGAAUAAAGUAAUAAAGUGAAAACAUUAAAGAUAAGUGAAUAAGUGACCCGCGGUCUCUACGGCUGCUUUCAGCUUUUAUUAUGUCUUUUAUUUUGUUCUUUUAGUUUCUGAUAGUAGAUCAUUUAGAGCUGGACUACAUGGGGGUGGGGGUAUUAUGUAUUGUUGUGGAUUAUGAUGGACAGAACUGAGGACUUGUGAAGCUGUGUAAUCCAAUCAGUUCUGCCAAUAAAUAGAAGCUAAAGUUAAGUUCAAACACGUCAAAAUACAUAAAAUAUUUUAAACCUAUUAAAGGUGUUUAAUAAGUUUACAUUCAGCACAAAGGAACGUUAGCCUAGCUUAGCAUAACAGCAGUCGCGGCUCUGGAGUUCUUCCACAGAUGAACUCCUUUCAAACCUGCAGGUGUUGAGCUUUCCUACGGAGCCUGCAGGUACGAUGUAAAGCUCCUGUCCUGCUAAAUAACCUCUUCAAGGUGUCUGUUUUUGGACCAAAAGCAUCUUUUUAUUCUUGGCAACAGAUCCCGGGAAUGCUGCUGGUGUUAGCUUUAGCUGCACUUGGCCACAUGCUAGUUAGCAUGUUUGUUAUAAAUAACUUCUUGAUAAUAAUUAUGGUUAUGUUGGUUUUUCUGUGUUUGUCUCUGAAAGCUGUGGGUUAGAAAAGCCCCCCCGAUCCCUGGCCCCCGCCUGCUAAAGGCUGGAAAAGCUGGGGGAGCCGAGCUAGCUACGGUUGGACAAAAAUAAAACCAAAUGUUCUCAUGA